CGGGAGCUGUGAGUCUUAAAACUGCCGGCAUUUUGCGCGGACAUCCAGUUUCUAAUUAUUCAGUCAUUUUUCAUCUUGGGCUCUGUUCUUUUACUUGAGUUUAGUUCAUUGUCGAUGCCAAGAAAAGGUGAGGUUACAAAGACCAGUUAAAUAGCCUCCAGGGGGGUCCAUCGCGGAGUCGCAGCCCGUAGGACUACAGUUUUUUUUACCUGCUUAGGCAACAGCCAGCCGUCAUGACCUUCGCCAUCGUUGCAGUACUGCUGGGCUCCCUCGGCGGCGGUGGAAACGAAGGCCCCGUGCAGUACCAUCCUAUGUUCAGAUGUGACAAUAAUCACACAGCCGAGAUAGCACGCCUGACAACAAAAGAUGCCAUAGUAGGCUCAACUAUGAAGGCCAAGAUAAAGCUGCGCGUCUACGAUGCGAUCCUCAAGGACCUGAAGCUGAGGACUGCCUUGUUCACUCCAGAAGGCCACAUCGUGCCAUGCAUUGACGGGUUCGGAAGCUGCGUGUACGACCUCUGCAAGGAGAACAAGAACACGACGAGGCUUUUGGGUAACGGAACAAAGCCAGAGAACACUGCCAAGUGUCCCAUCCCCCCGGGUACCUACUACCGCACGCUGGAGUUCAAGCUCUCGCCGAAGCUGAACAAACACAUUGGGAACGGUGAACUUCUCGGGACUAUGCGGCUUGAGAGCGGAACCAAGGUGGUCGCGUGCCACGCCCAUUUCAUGGUGCUCUACCCAACGAAGCCAAAGGUGAAGGAAUGGUACUAGACGGCACUAUCUGCGAAAUUCGGCUCAUCAACCACCUGAACGGUUCACCGCUUCGCGACACAAUAAAUGGAAAGAAAGGAGCACGACUAUAAGAUUGAA